UCCAGUCCCGCAAACCCCGCCCCUCUUCGGCGGAGAACGGGAUCUCUAUUGACACAUUCAAAACGCACCGAUGCCCACUCGUCCGCCGCCGCUGCCGCUGUAGCGCAAACAAGAAAGAAAAGAAAGGACGACAAGAAGGAAAAUACUCGAGCGGAGGCAACAGUAGCGGCCAGAAUCGGAGUUGGAACAAAAAACAGAAACGAAGACAAAGAGUUCGGAACCGGAACAGACGCACACACUCACUGAAGAGCGAGCACCGCGCUAGCAGCCAGGCUAACGGCUAACAACAUGGCGAGCGCCUCGUAUCACAUCUCCAACCUCCUGGAGAAAAUGACCUCCAGCGACAAAGAUUUCAGGUUCAUGGCCACAAAUGACCUGAUGACAGAACUGCAGAAAGAUUCCAUCAAACUAGACGACGACAGCGAGAGGAAGGUGGUGAGGAUGAUUCUGAAGCUGCUCGAGGACAAGAAUGGAGAAGUUCAGAACUUGGCCGUCAAAUGCUUGGGCCCGCUGGUGAGCAAGGUGAAGGAGUACCAGGUGGAGACGAUCGUGGACACGCUGUGCACCAACAUGCUGUCCGACAAAGAGCAGCUGCGAGACAUCUCCUCCAUCGGCCUCAAGACCGUCAUCGGCGAGCUGCCGCCCGCGUCCAGCGGCUCGGCCCUGGCCGCCAGCGUGUGCAAGAAGAUCACGGGUCGACUGACCAGCGCCAUCGCCAAGCAGGAGGACGUGUCGGUGCAGCUGGAGGCGCUCGACAUCAUGGCCGACAUGCUGUGCAGACAGGGGGGGCUGCUGGUCAACUUCCAUCCCUCCAUCCUCAGCUGCCUUCUGCCUCAACUCACCUCGCCCAGGCUGGCCGUCAGGAAGCGGACAAUCAUGGCGCUGGGACACCUGGUCAUGUCCUGCGGCAACCUGGUCUUCAUCGACCUCAUCGAGCACUUGCUCAGCGAGCUGGGGCGCAACGACAACAUGUCCACCACCAGGACGUACAUCCAGUGCACCGCCGCCAUCAGCAGGCAGGCCGGACACCGCAUCGGAGAGUACCUGGAGAAGAUCAUCCCGCUGGUGGUCAAGUUCUGCAACGUGGAUGACGACGAGCUGAGAGAGUACUGCAUCCAGGCCUUCGAGUCCUUCGUCAGGAGGUGUCCGAAAGAGGUGUACGCCCACGUUCCCACCGUCAUCUCCAUCUGCCUGCGCUACCUGACCUACGACCCGAACUACAACUUUGACGACGAAGACGAGGACGACAACGCCAUGGAUGCCGAGCAGAACGACGAAGACUACCAAGGCAGCGACGACGAGUAUAGCGACGACGACGACAUGAGCUGGAAGGUUCGGCGGGCGGCGGCCAAGUGCCUGGACGCCGUGGUCUCCACGCGGCACGAGAUGCUGCCCGAGUUCUAUCGCUCCGUGUCCCCCGCGCUGGUCUGCCGCUUCAAGGAGAGAGAGGAGAACGUGAAGGCGGACGUGUUCCACGCCUACCUGUCGCUGCUCAAGCAAACGCGGCCCGCUCAGAGCUGGCUGGCCGACCCCGACGCCAUGGAGCAGGGGGACACGCCGCUCACCAUGCUGCAGAGUCAGGUAGCCAUGAUUGUGAAGGCUCUGCACAAGCAGCUGAAGGAGAAGAGCGUGAAGACGCGCCAGUGUUGCUUCAACAUGCUGACGGAGCUCGUCAACGUGCUGCCGGGAGCGUUGACGCAGCACAUCCCCGUGCUCAUACCAGGGAUCAUCUUUUCCCUCAACGACAAGUCGAGCAGCUCCAACUUGAAGAUUGACGCGCUGGCGUGCCUCCACGUCGUCAUGGUCACGCAUCCCGCCCAGGCCUUCCACACCCACGUCCCUGCCCUGGUGCCCCCCGUGGUGGCGUGCGUCGGGGACCCCUUCUACAAGAUCACCUCGGAGGCUCUCCUGGUCACGCAGCAGCUCGUCAAGGUCAUCCGACCGCUGGACAGCCAAUCGGAAGGCUUGGAAAGCUUUGACCCCUCGCCCUACAUCACCGACUUGUUCAGCUGUACAAUAAGACGCCUCAAAGCCGCCGACAUCGACCAGGAAGUGAAAGAGCGCGCCAUUUCUUGCAUGGGACAGAUCAUCUGCAACCUAGGCGACCGCCUCCCCUCUGAACUGCCCGGAACGCUCUUGAUCUUUUUGGAACGUCUGAAGAAUGAGAUCACACGCCUCACCACGGUUAAAGCUUUGACGCUGAUCGCCGGCUCCCCGCUGAAAAUCGACUUGCGGCCCGUCCUCCCCGACGCCAUCCCCAUCCUGGCCUCCUUCCUGCGCAAGAACCAGCGCGCGCUCAAGCUCUGCACGCUCGCCGCACUCGACAUCCUGCUCAGGAACUACAGCUCAGCGGUAACACCGGUGAUGGUGGACGCCGUCCUGGCCGAGCUCCCGCCGCUGAUCUCGGAGAGCGACAUGCACGUGUCGCAGAUGGCGCUGAGCUUCCUGUCCACGCUGGCCGUGACGCACCCGUCGCUGCUGGGCCAGCUGAGCGGCGGCAGCAUCCUCACGCAGCUCAUCGCGCUCGUCAGGUCGCCGCUGCUGCAGGGGGGCGCCCUCGCCGCCAUGUUGGACUUCUACCAGGCGCUGGUGUCGACCGACACGGCCGGUCUGGGCUACAUGGACCUGCUGCGGAUGUUGACGGGCCCGGUUUACUCGCAGAGCGCGGCGCUGCCUCACAAGCAAGCCUACUGCUCCAUCGCCAAAUGCGUGGCCGCGCUCACCAGGGCGUGUCCGGCCGAGGGGCCCGCCGUGGUGGGCCAGUUCAUACAGGACGUGAAGAACAGCCGCUCCACGGACUCCAUUCGGCUGCUGGCGCUGCUCUCCUUGGGCGAGGUCGGCCAUCACGUGGACCUGAGCGGCCAACCGGAGCUCAAGACUGUCAUCCUGGACGCCUUCUCGUCCUCCAGCGAGGAGGUGAAGUCGGCGGCCUCGUAUGCGCUGGGCAGCAUUGCGGUGGGGAACCUUCCGGAAUAUCUGCCCUUUGUCCUGCAGGAGAUUUCCUCGUCCAAGCGGCAGUACUUGCUGCUGCACUCGCUCAAGGAGAUCAUCAGUUCGGCAUCGGUGUCUGGCUUGAAGCCGUACGUGGAGUCGGUGUGGACGCUGCUGCUCAAGCACUGCGAGUGUCAGGAGGAAGGAACCCGCAACGUGGUGGCCGAGUGCUUGGGGAAACUCACGCUCAUCAACCCCGAAACGCUGCUGCCGCGUCUCAAAGGAUACCUGCUCUCAGGCUCGUCGUACGCCCGAAGCUCGGUGGUGACGGCCGUCAAGUUCACCAUCUCGGACCAGCCGCAGCCCAUCGACCCGCUGCUGAAGAACUGCAUAGGUGACUUCCUGAAGACGCUGGAGGACCCCGACCUGAACGUGCGGCGCGUGGCCUUGGUGACCUUCAACUCGGCGGCGCACAACAAGCCCAGCCUCAUCCGGGAGCUGCUGGACUCGGUCCUGCCGCAGCUUUACAACGAGACCAAAGUGCGCAAGGAGCUCAUUCGGGAGGUGGAGAUGGGCCCGUUCAAACACACGGUGGACGACGGGCUGGACCUGCGCAAGGCGGCCUUCGAGUGCAUGUACACGCUGCUGGACAGCUGCCUGGACCGCAUCGACAUCUUCACCUUCCUCAACCACGUGGAGGAUGGCCUCAAGGACCACUACGACAUCAAGAUGCUGACCUUCCUCAUGCUGGCCCGCCUGUCCUCGCUCUGUCCCAGUGCCGUCCUGCAGCGGUUGGACCGACUGGUCGAGCCUCUCAGGGCCACCUGCACCACCAAGGUGAAGGCCAACUCCGUGAAGCAGGAGUUUGAGAAGCAGGACGAGCUGAAGCGUUCGGCAAUGCGAGCGGUCGUGGCGCUGCUGACCAUCCCCGAGGCCGAGAAGUCACCGCUCAUGUCCGAGUUCCAGUCACAGAUCUCGUCCAAUCAGGAGUUGGCGGCCAUCUUUGACUCCAUCCAGCGGGAUUCCGGCUCAGCCAACAUGGAGUCCAUGGAUACCAGCUAGGCCAGCUUGCGCACGCACGGACGGACGCACGAUGCCGCAUGGCACCCUGCUGCUGGAGCGACAACCCCGCGGCAUGUUCCCAUGACACACACACACACACACACACACACGUAGUGACACACCCUCCUAGCGAUUGGUCGUUCCCAUGAUGCAUUGCACUGAAAAGUCGUGCAAACACACAGACAAAAUUUGGCUUUCUCCCCCCUCCCCUUUUCUUUUUUGCCAAGCGGAGAACGGGUAUCGACCUGAUUGACCGCCAUUGUGUUAUAAACUGGGCAAGUGGCACUUCCUGCCUGAGGCCUGCUGAGCUGUGGGAGUUUGCUAGCUUUGUGUUUUAUUUUUUUUUGUUUGUUUUGUUUUUCCUUAUGGGAUAGUGGUGGCGGACAGUUGGGUGCCACUGAAGCAGGUUGUUCCCCGUUACGGACCGAUCGGCUUCUCCAUUUCCUCCCGUUCACCCACAAACUUGUCCUCGACGCCACCUCCUGAAGAAGGAAGGGGGGAAGUAAAUGUUGGAGCGUGUUUGCAGACCCGAUGGGAUGCUUGUGGGCACCACGGUAACAUUUGCUGCUGGGUCUAUCUGGUGAGAACUGGUCUGCUCUUGCUUAUCGCCCAAAAGUAUGAAGAAAAAGAAAGGUCCAUUUCUGCCUGCCUUCAUACUCGCACACAUGUCAUAUUUUUACAUGAAUAAAAAGCAUUAUGGGCUGCAUGCUGAACCAGUGUUUAGCGUGUCUCCCUCACAGUUGUGAGGAUCUUGGUUUGAAUCCCAGCCUGGGUAUGCGCACGCCUGUGAGUUUUCCGGUUCCCACUCCCACGUUCCAAAAACAUUCAUGGGUGAUGCGGAAGAAGAAAUCCACAAGUGCCGGGAUUCGAACUGAGAACCUCACUUCAAUCACGACGCUGCCCAUUUAUGAAACAUUUCAAAGCUGAAGAGAUGCAGGAAGAUCAAAGUUGAUUUUUGGCACACAAGGAAAUAAAUAAAAGCAUAAGUUACA